UGUGUAUCAGUCUGGAGUUCAGUCUCCACGGUUCAGGCAGCAUGCAGAUCACCAACAGCAGCAACGGGGACGCCGGCGUGAGCCAGGCCAACCUGGUGAGUUCGGUUCUAAUGGGCUUCUUCUGCGCUGUUGGAGUUCCUGGUAACAUCGCCGUGAUGGUGAUCAUCAUCCGGUGGUUCAAGAAGGACAACUUCACCGUGCACCUGAUGCUGAACCUGGCGGCGUCUGAUAUCCUGUGUCUGAUGACCCUGCCGGUGUGGAUGUACAACCAGCUCUUCACCUGGAGCAUCGGGAGGUCCCUCUGCAAGUCGUUGGCGUUGUUGGCGUACUGCAGCGUCUACUCCAGCUUACUGACCGUCACCAUGAUGAGCGUCCACCGCUGCCUGCAGAUCUGCUACCCCGACGUCUGGGCCAAACUGGGCAAGAAAGGUGAACGCUUCCUGCUCUUCACAAUCUGGACUUUCGGCUUGGUCUUCUCCAUCCCAGCCAUUCUAUCCCAAGAGCUCGUCCAACGAGAGACCAAGCAGGAGUGCGGACGACUCGUCACCUCCGACCAAACCAGGCUCACCGUCGGCAUCCUGGAGAGUCUCCUGGCCUUUGUUCUUCCCGUCUCCAUCAUGGUCACCUCCUACUACUUCCUCCACAAGCGAGUGACCCAAAAAGCCCGGAUCCGCAGCCGACGCCUCACCAAACUCGUCACCCGGAUCGUGGUAACCUUCUUCAUCUUCUGGACCCCUUACCACAUUUUCAACGUGGCGGAAAUCUUCGCCAUCUGCCUCAAACCGUCGUUCCCGGAGUCGUCAGGCAAAGUCCUGGCGUUCACCAGCUCUCUGGGAGACAUCGCUGGGAGCUUCACCUUCAUCAACAGCUGUGUGAACCCUCUCCUCUAUGCCUUCGCCUCGCGGAGCCUCCGUAAAAGCACGGAAACGGAAAAUACGAACAUCGUACAGACGUCCAGCAUUUAACCACAGACGCUUCCUUCUGCCUGAAAUCCUAGCAAGUUAAAUCCUAUUAUAUCUACUUUGAAUAGUAUUGAAAUUCCUCAUUUCUUCAUUGUUAUCUAAGUUAUUUCUAACUUUUUUGUCCUUGUUUUAAGCAUUACUACUUGGCAAAUUACUUGACUUAAAACCUUGAUUAAUUUCAAAGCAUUAAAUCUUGUUUUGUUUUCUCAGAUUAGAAUUCCUUUUAUUUUACCAAGCAUUGCAAAUGUAAGAUUAUUGUACUCAUUUUAUGAAUAUGAACUUAAUAAUGACCUUAAUCAGUCUCAAUUAGAAUUUUAAUUUUAUUUUAAAUAAUUUUAACAU